GUCAGAGUGUAGUCCUUUGCCUUUACGAAAGAGUGGGAGAAAUGUAGAUAGCUACCAUCAUGUCCUCUGUUAUCAAAUAAAUAACUAGGUUUACAAUCGAAUGCUGUCUGAAUUGUUAAACACAUUUUUCAAGAUUUGUACAGUAGCUAGCUAGAUGUAAAUACAUCGACAGUAACCUGGCAGUAAUAGGAGUUAAAACAAGGGGUUGAAAGAACGUUGCAUUUGCCCAUUAGUGGUAUUUCUCGCUAAUACUAGCCACUGGCGCUAGCGACAUUUGGUCAACGAUAUAUUAUAUUCCCGGAAGAUAGAUAUCUCAAUGAUAUCCCAACUGAACUGGUAAUAACUUUAUUCAGUUAGCUACCUUAUUCUAUCCACAGCUUUAAGUAUUGUUGGAGUGGUAAGCCCUUAACUCAGAAUGCACUCUGAUCUGUCGCCUCACCUGCACACGGACGAGUGCAACAUACUGAUAAACCUGCUGAAGCAGUGCCACACGGAGCACAAUGUCAAGAAGUUCUUUGGCCAUUGCAAUGAUAUGGACCGUGCCAUGAGGGCUUGUUUGAAGAACGAGCGAAUUGCAAAGAGGGAGAAAAGCAAACUGCAUGCUAAAGAGAUGAGACAGAGGCUGAAAGACGGCCCUAAGGAAGAGUUCUGAAUGGCAGUACUGGCUGAGCCGAUGCUCCAGGAAGGGGCACAGGAACUGGGUAUUGGAGGACUUGGGACUUACUGGGGCCUACCAUGCGAAGCCUACCUUACUGCCUGGACAUCUGGCCACAGGAAGUCUCUCAUAAUGUUGGUUUCAGUAUGUGUGUUGGGUGUGAUGGAAUGUCAUAGUGGAUGAUCAUUUCGCUACUCAGUGAUCAGAGCUCAUAUGGGGGGUUCUGUUUAGCUUGGUUGAUUAAAUAUGUAAAGUACUUAACAAAAUAAUUGUUUUAAAUUGUCUGAGUUUCUGACUGGGGAAUGACAAUGAUGAAUGAACACUGGAUUUCUAUUGAAUAAAGUUUACCAAAACACA